AAUUGAUUCAUGACACACUUAGAUAUUUGGAUGUGAAAAGGUCAGUUAGAAAGUUUGUGUCUGUUAGUCAUACAUUUAAAAAAAAAGGUAAUAAUACUUAAAAGACCAUUUACCAAUAACUUAAAAUUAUUAGAGUUUAAUCCACGAUGCUCAAACGAGGCGAUCUUUUUAAUUAAAAUGUAGUUUGUCAUUUUUGCUACAGUCUUGUACAUCACAAGACGGCGUCGACGAAGACGUUCCUACAUCUGACGUGUUUAAAUCAUUUUACGGAUCCAAUUACAUAAAAUAAAAUGGGCACGCAGAUGGCGCAGCUGAGUCCAGUUUACUUAUUAUUAAGUACUUAAAUGUUUGAUUAGACCAAUUUAAAAUGAAAACAAUUAUUUAAAAUGUUUAAAUACGAAAACACAUUUUUAAAUCAUGUUUGUAAUAAAAACAUCACAGAGUAAAUGACCAAACCUUUCUUUUCAGGGCUUGUUAAAAUAAUUGUAGGACCAGAGUCGUAACAAAAAAUGGAGGAACCCACAGAAGGUGAGCCUUCAGUCGACGCCACGGAAACGGAGCCUCCACGAGAGAGGCGUAAACUACAAUUGUCGAAGACCAAGCGUAAGGGCAAGAGACGUUGGAUACCAUUGGUCACGACCUCAAUGACAAUGUACUCGAAAGAGGAGAGAGAAGCCAGACAACAGCGGAGGCUAGAGAAACCGGACUGUUGUAAGAAAGAGGCUUGGAAACUCUAUAAUAUGGUAAGUAUGGAAGCUCUAUAUGUUAUGUGGGGAAUCUCUAUAAUAUGGUAAGUGUAGAAACUAUAAUAUGGUAAGUGUGGAAACUCUAUAAUAUGGUAAGUGUAGAAACUAUAAUAUGUUAAGUGUGGAAACUCUGUAAUAUGGUAAGUGUAGAAACUAUAAUAUGGUAAGUAUGGAAACUCUAUCCUAUGUUAUGUGUGGAAACUCUAUAAUAUGGUAAGUGUUGAAACUGACUAAUUAUGUAAUUUAUGUGUGGAAACUAUCUAACGUAGUAAUUUGAUUGUGUAAACUCUGGAAUAUGGUCAUUUAAGUUCAUUUUACAUCUUCAAAUUUUGGUCUUCAAAUUUUAUUGUUCUUUAUUUUUUCUUUUUAAAAGAGGAAGUUGCACGAGUCGCUGUGUAUCUGCUCAAUCCAGGACUGCAACCAUUUAAUUAAACUUGACUCUAUUCCAGAUGACGUACACAGAAAUCCAAGUAGAUCCUGGCAGUAACAUGCAGAUGUGCCCCGUGAAACCAGGCGAUGACACCAGCACUCAAGUCGCCGAGCCACCAAGUCUCCGGACGUUGGGAGUCCUGUACAACCCACUGGUAGAGAAGCGGAGGCGGUUCUUGAAUAAAAAGUUCAAGAACAUCUUAGACACCUUCUCCAUUAUAAAAAGUGCCCCCUUGCCGCCUUACAUUCGACCAAGUGAGUCGCCUCGCAUCUUUAACAUCUUUUCAAAUGUUGUAAGAGAAAGCAGCUGUUAAAAGAAAGUUAGUGUUACAUGACAUUAUAUACGCAGUGGCGACGCUAGGGGAGGGGGCUCCAAAUUUGAAUGUCCCCCGGGCCCCUACUUGAGGGGGGCCCCAAAGGCGUGUCCUUAAUUUUUUUUUACAUUAAAUAAUGUCGAAUGUCAAAAUGCAGGGGUCCCUAAGGAGGCCAAGCCUCCCGGGCCCCCAAAUCCCUAGCUACGCCACUGUAAGUACGUUUGAUUUGCGUCACCGUGAAAUAUAUAGUUGGAGAACAGUUUCAAAAAUGUUUUCAAUGGAGUGUGAACAAGAAAAAAAAAUGAAAGGGGGGUGGAGUAUUAAACAGAAAUACGAAUAUUUUAACUUAGAAAAAUAAAGAUAUUAUAAAUGAACUAAACUUUUAAAAUCCAUUAUUGACAUUUGUUGCUUUUUUUUUUUUUUAAUCAGCCCCUCCCAAGCAACUGGACAAGCCAGGGAGAGGGAAAACCCUUCCUGCAAUCUUGAAAAAUGUCCGACCUGACAUCAACGAGGAAUUCAUCAUCCCUCGGUUUGUAUUAAACAAGGGGUUCAAUGUGUUGGUAGACUUAAGGGCUUGAGUGUGCUAGGAUUCACUACAACUGUCAACGACACUAUAUUUUGAUGUUGUUGUUUUUUGUUAUAAAGACCGCCAAGAUGGUGGCAGAGUACAGAGAUUUGAUUAAGACAGUGUCACACAGAUGGUAACGUGUCUAGCGCUCUGUACCAAGCGAAUGUAGAAAUGAUUAGGAACUAUUUAAUGUGUUCAAAGAACCAAAGCAUUGAAUUGAGAACCAUGCACGAGUGCCUUUACUAAGCUUGAUAUUCAGCAUGAGCCUAAUUUUAAAAUUACCGAAAACAUUUUUUAUAUUAAAUUUAGAAAUUGAUAUCUUUCAACUGCAUCGCGGAUGCUUAAAGUUAACGUUUUGCUAAUCUUAUAAUAAAUCAUAAGACCCAUUUGUAAUACAAAUACAAAUGUUGAGCAGAGAUGCUUAGAAAUUUAAAAAAAAAUGUUUAAAUCCAACCACACCAGGACACAGUACUUAUAGUAUUUCAAUGAUGUCAUCCAUUCUCUUUUAGCACUUAUGCAGCGACCUUCCACUGGACAAAAAUCUCUAACCUCAAUUUCAAAGACGAUGCUACCGUCAAGGAACAGGCCACCCAGACACUUAGCCUCUGGCUCAGCGCCCUGCGCAUACGUCAAUUAGGGACCUAUGGAUUAAGUGCCAUGGAUUCGUCCGCUAGUCUGAC